CAUGCGCGCCACCGGUCGAGGCAGUUCGGUGCCAGCGCGCGAUUAAUACAUGUGCUUGUAGGUUAGUUCUCGUGAUUCUUUCGGUAUUUACGAUCGAUUCGUUCGAGUCUGUGCCGGAACAGUGUUCCGAUUGAGAAAACAGGUGGCUGUGAAGCAUGGGAAGUAUUGGCUGAACGAUGACUGUGCAAGACAUGGAUAUUUCUUUGAACAUCUCCGCGGAGCCUGCUCUGCACAUGAGCACCCAGAACAACGAUGAGUCUAUUCUUAAAUUAAUGAAAGCACGAAAUAAUAAGACUCGUAACAGCAAAGCUAUAGUUAAAAGUAAAGUGCAACCCAAAUCUGUGAGUACAAUACCUGCUGUCUCUCAGAAGCGUCUUAAACAGAAGUCCUUGUCUACCAUUGUUGCUAAAAAGUUGAAAGGAAGCGCUUUUGCUAAACAGACUUUGGUAAAAGGGAAUAAAGUUCAAAAGAAAGUAACGUUUGAAAUAUCAUCUGGAGGCGUUGAACAGAAAAAGCCUGACCAGAAAGUAAUUAAAGCAUCUUCAAGUGUGAAUAGCAAAGAUGAAGACUCGAAUAAGCCAUCAUCCAAUAAUGAUAGCGAGGCGCACGAAACACCCGUUAUAUCCUUUACUAAAGUUACAAAGGAAAACUUUGGUAAAACGAUAUUAGCAAGGAAAAGGCCCGUUAGAGACACAGAAACAAAGAAGUCUCUCUCUAGCAUAUUUUCUAAGCAAGAUGAAUCUAAAAAUGCUGAAGUUAUUUUCUUGAGAUCGUCGCAAAAGGUGGAUACAAAUGAAGAUGUGGUUCCAAAGAAAAAGUCUAAAUUAGAGGAAUCCCAAAAGUCUUUGUCCACAACAGAAGAAAUAGGCGUUAAAAAGAAAGGCAAAGAGAAGAAGAAGAAAAAGAAAAACGCCGAUGAGAAAGGUGCAAAUGCUUUUCAUAAGACCAUCGGGAAAGUGUCUUCCCUCUUCGGUCACAAUCCAGAGAUACCAAAUAUCGGUCAAAGGCUCGUGAAGCCAAUAAAUGAGCCGGUCUUCACGGGAACAACUUUCGAAGACUUAAAUAUCCAUCCCUUCACAAUUUCUAACUUGAAGCAAAAUAUGGACAUCACAGAGAUGACUAUAGUACAGCAGAAAACAAUUCCUCGAAUACUCUCCGGCAAAGACAUUUUAGUCAGGUCGCAAACAGGGUCUGGGAAGACCCUAGCCUAUGCUCUACCUAUAGUAGAAUUCUUGCAGAAGGCCAGGCCCAAAUUAAGUAGAAGCAGUGGCAUGAAAGCUCUCAUAGUUGUGCCAACUAGGGAAUUGGCUCUACAAACAUACGAGUGCUUCUUGAAAUUAAUCAAACCAUUCACGUGGAUCGUGCCAGGAUAUUUGGCAGGGGGUGAAAAGAGGAAAGCAGAGAAAGCUAGGCUGAGAAGGGGAUGCAAUAUCUUGGUAGGCACACCUGGCAGAUUGUUAGACCAUAUUCAAAGAACCGCUGCCUUGAAGCUGGGGAAUGUCAAGUAUUUCGUUUUGGACGAGGCCGAUCGAAUGUUCGACAUGGGCUACGAGAAAGAUAUAUCGGGAAUAGUAAGUGCUCUAAAGGUGUCCACACCGAACGAGAACACGGAUUACGACGCGAUGAAGAUGCUCCGACAGAAUACGAAGAAAGUGUUCACGGAGGACGAGGUCGAGGACAUGGACCGGAAGUUAGACACCUCGCGAGAGAUAGAAGAUGAAUCUGAAGCUGAAUACGACGCUAACGAACCUGUUAAUCAAAGACAAAAAUAUCAUUCCAGCAGCGAAGACGAUUCCAAUGACGACGAACCGUUUAUUAAAGUGAAAAAAUUCGCUCAGGAAAAGAUUUUACCAAAUAACGAUGACGACGACGACCAUGAAGACGAAGGGGUUGUUGAUAAUCAAUCUAGGAGGCAGACGAUCCUGCUUUCGGCUACCUUGACACAGGCCGUGGAGAAAUUAGCUGGCCUCACGAUGGUUAAACCAGUGUUCGUGGACGCCGCGCAGGAAAAUUUGAAGCUGAUCGGCGACGCGACCAGCGGGGUCAACGAGGAUCUGGUGGUUCCUCAAAGCGUGACGCAAACUUACAUUGUCACGCCGCCUAAGCUGAGGAUGGUCACCCUAAGCGCCUACAUCGCCGGCAAGUGCCAGAGCCACGGCCAGCACAAGAUGCUGGUGUUCAUGGCGACGCAGGACAUGGUCGAUUAUCACACGGAAAUUCUGUCGUCGGUGCUGGGCAAACCGGUCGACGACGAGGACGAGGACUCCGAUCCUCUGGUGGACGUCGAGUUCUUCAAGCUUCACGGCAGCAUGACGCAGAAGGAUCGCACGGAGGUGUUCAAAACGUUCCGGCAGGCGAGAAGCGGCGUGCUCCUCUGCACGGACGUGGCGGCGAGGGGAUUGGACCUGCCGAAGGUGGACGACGUGGUGCAGUACACGGGUCCGAUUUCAGCGACGGAUUACGUGCACCGAAUCGGCAGAACGGCGCGAGCCGGUUCCUCCGGAACGGCGACGAUCUUCCUGACCCCGCCGGAGAUCGAGUUCGUCCGGAUGCUCGAGUCCAGGCGCAUUCGAAUCAAACAGGAGAGCAUGGACGACGUGCUCGGCAAUCUUCUGACUCCCCUGUGCAAGCACAGCUCCGCUCAUGGUGCGGCGAUAGCGUUGCAGAACGAGUUCGAGACGUUGGUGCUCGAGGAAUCGAAGCUUCGCGGCAGGGCGGUGAAGGCGUACAUUUCCUGGAUGCGUUUCUACUCGAGCUACCCCCGCAACAUGCGGGAGGCGUUCAACCGGAAGGAGCUCCACUUGGGCCAUUACGCGAAGAGUUUCGCUCUCAGGGAGACACCUCAGCGGAUCGGCGGGAUCGCGAAGAAGCUGCGGGAGAAGGAGGGCGAUCCGCAGCAACAGCAGCACAGGAAUCAACUGGCGAACGAGCGGCCCGACGACGGGGUGCCCGGCAAGCGGCAGCGGGCUGCGCGCGACCAACAACAGCCGAAGAGCCGCUCGUUGAAGAACGUCAGGAUGCUCAACACCUCCGAAUACGGAAGCGGCCUCGAGCCCGCCAAGAAGCCAAAGAAGUCCUGAGCGUCGCAUUAUCACCUCGACUGGCUGGUAAACAGAAUGCGAUUUCGUUCCCCGUGAUUCCCGGCCUCUCGUGUAAAUACGCACCCUCCUUUUAACCGUACGGUUAACCGUCACGGCGAAAUCAGGUUACCGACGGCUUUCCGGGAAUUCAACCCUGUUCGCGGAGACCACCCCGUUCCCCUCCCACGCCGUCCGCGCCGUCGGUGACCGAUCGAACGGACGUUCUUUCGUUCAUUGUUCUCGCGACUUUGUUCGCGCCUCGACGACUCGUCAUCGAGAAAUAAACGCGGUGCUCCAAAUUCUCCUUAAUUUUCCGUCGACUUGGACAGCGAAAAUGCACGAUUUGGGAGAAGGAGACGCGAUUAAUCGGGCCUUGUACCCUGUUUUCACGAUCGGUAAUUAUAAAAACGAGCCGCGAGGCUCGAAUAAUCGCGCUCCUUCCAAAUUGUCCAGUUUUGUUUGAAAGCUGAACGAAAAUUAGGGAGAAUUUGCUGUUCCCGACGCCGGUGAAAUCCGUCGUCGUUCGUUCGUAUUUUGUUCAAAUUAGGCCUAUGGCUUGCAGAUGACGACACUGCCGAUAUUUUACUUCUUCAAGGUACAGAGUAAUUGCCGGUUACUAUUGAGUGACCAGUUGUUCCGCCUUUCAUACGUUUUCGGACAUAGUUUCAGUUCAUAUUUCUCCGACAAGACGCGUUAAAUUUCUUAAUUCAUAAAUAAAGUAGAUAAAUGAAUGGGGAGAUUCAACGUCUUAAUUCGACGGAUAGAAAGUUUUAAUUGUCCUCGAAAAUAAAGGCACAGCAACUGGUCGCGUGGCGCGCGUUAUUCUUGAUCUCAGCCACAACGAUUCCUUCGCAUAAAUUCCCAUCGAAUUCGGAGAAUACGCUUCGCGUCGAUUCUCCGUUCGCAACCGCGCGACUAAGAAAUUUCAAAAUCACUUUAAAAUCCUGGAAUGACACCUUUAUUUAACUGGUAGGUGAAAAAUUAUAGCUCGUCGAUGCGAUCACCUUGGAAGAAGGAAUUCAUGUUUAUCGGCAAAUAUAAUUUUACAGAUUGUACGUAAAGACUGUACGUAAAGAUUGUACGCGCAGACCAACAUAAUUUUAUAAAUUGUACGUAGAUUUGCAAGAUUCUUCAGAAAGAUUCUUCGCCGCAAAUAUAUCGUUUCCGAAGACACACACACGCA